AUGGACUGCCUUUACACCAACAGUGAUGGAGAGGUACCGACAUCGGGCCGAGAGAAAAUGAUCGCGGGCGAAUGGAUCGCCUUGAAUGCUUCAGCAGGCACGAUUCCUUCCACAGAGGUAUUCGAACAGGCUUUGGAGGAUAGGGCAUUUCUUCUCCCCGAGCUAGCGGCGCGACCUACUAGUUGGUCUUGGACCAAGCAGCCCACCUGGUAUUCAGAUAAGUACCAUUGGGAUGCUUGGAACGUCGUCGACUGCUUCGCUGAUGAGAACGACUCCGUCCCAUGGUUCUUUAGCGGAGGCAAUUCGCCAUGGGAGAGUGCCAGCGGGGAAUUUCACUUCGACCCCGACAUGCGCGCGAAGGCGGAGGACUCGCUCUCCAGACUCUGGCUAUGCAUCGAAGCUAUCACCUCUAACCCACCCUUCGCCAGUGGCACUCCCCACCCUGCCAAAUUCAACUACCUUCUGUUAUCUGCUGCAUGGAAUUCGGCGCGGGGUGCAGCAACGCUCAUGUCCGAUGCGAAGGGACGCGCUCUCGAGUAUCUCGGUUUCGUCAACUGGUGGACUUCAUCAGUCGCAAACUGGGAGGACCCUCUUCAACAGUGGAUGAUUGACUACAUAGCGGGUUUUAAGCUGCGCGACCUGAAGAAAAGAGGAGUACUUCUUGAUCUUUCUAGGCAGUGGAGAUCACUGAACAUCGGGCACCUGCUAGCAGAGGACGUUCCAGUCUACUAUUUUUGGCAGGACGAUACCGACGAUUUCCCUUGUUUCACGCGGCUGUCCCCAUCGAUUCUACAGGCAUAUCAUGACACCUGCAGCUCCGUCGACAGAACGGGAGUUUUUGGAGAGGAGAUGCUGGGCUUUCAGGACGAUAUCAAGUUGAUUAGGCGCUACGAUGAGUUUUUCCAGCUACGUCGUACACCUGACCACAUCACCUCCCCAGCCCCUUCCGCCAUACCUCCCAAUGCAGUAGUCUACAUCUGCGACUUCGAAGGCUGGUCAGCCCGCCGGAUAUCGGAUCCCGUUCUGGUGAAAGAAUACGCGGACCGUUAUCACUUUUGCAUAGAAGUCGACGACCGCGACACCUACGUGACCAUUUGGCGAUGGAAGCCACGACGGAAUGACGUUGGCGGCAGACAAAGGGCAGGCAUCCUGGGGCCAGGUGUCAAUAUCGAAGCAAGAAGAGGGGACCGGGAAAUCCGUGAAGUGUUCAAAAGCGUCCACGCUCCGACGGGUAAACGUCAGUUUGACGAGUGGGGCCGUGUUACUUUGGCCAGCCGCUUGGGGGACGUGUACGACGAUUUCCAGGGGAGUCCCAUGGUCGCUGACCCCAGUCCAGCCCAAGCUCUUUUACCUCGCCCUCAUUGGGUGCCUUCUUCGCACCCAGCUCUAACAAUUCCUCAUCCAACGUCACCUAUGAUGGCUACAGCAAGUGGGGUUCAAGCUAUGCUAGCUUCACCGAGCCGCUCUGGUUCCAGGGCAUCUUCAGCAGCACAACGCUCUCGGAGUUCAGGGGACCAAGAUUUUCGUCGGCGCUCAGCUUCGCCUCAACGGCGCCACUCUCAUUUAGACAUCGCAAUGCCCAGUCAGCGAGCAGCAUUUGUAGAGGAGUUGCGGAAAUUGGCGGAUCAGUAUUCCAUCACGACUAAGCCUUGGGUGAGUAAGAAACCCUUGACGUGGAACACUGACUUCCUCGAAGUCGGAUACCUCCUCAUACCGGACGCCAGGGCGCAAGCACGUCUGCGAUACUGGGCUGUUUCUGCUCGGGAGCUCUCCACGAUGACAACCCUCCUCCUCAAAGCUGUCUGUCAUGGCCUGCCAUUUAGCAUUGGUGUCAAAGUAGAGGAUUUCGGCAGGUUUAAACCGGAAGACGUCUCUGACACAGAUCGCUUAGUGGGAAAGCCUUCGUCGGCAGUCGAGGCUCCGUUUGCUUACACGGCACAGGGCGCGUUACGAGCGUACUACAUGAGUCGCGUCAACGACAUCAUUCGCAGACCGCAUGCCCGUAUCUUGAUAGGCUUGGGGGGCCCUGAAGCUUGGUUGGGUCGCAAAUGGGGCGGCAUGGAGCUUGUUGCGCAAUUCAUGGACGGCCCUUCGCCAGACGUAUACUUACACCGCCGCGGAUACAUCGAUUCAGACGACGAACACCCCAUGUUUCUGUACACGGAUGAGAUGACCCCUCAGGAGAUUGACAUACUUUUCGGCUGCAUUCGUAAUGAUAGUGAGAGGGAUCGAUCCCUGUAUCCUUCAAGGGACAUCCUGGACGAGGGUUGCUUCUUUUGGACAGGAGAAUGGGACGCCCGCAUGGACGACAUGUUCAACGACUUGACGAAAGACAUACAACAGGGUUCAGCUAAAUUCAGGACCCCCGGAAUGUGGAAAGACUAUUUCCGACGAUUGAAUCGGAGCCACAGGGGGUCAAAGGAACGCCUUAAUCAGUUAGUCCCGGACAUGCUGGCUCGCCUACAUUCCAGGAUCAUCGAUGGCUUUCCGUUGGACUGGAACAAACGGCGUCUUGCGCACAUUGAGUUGCCCGAAGAAUACAGACCACGUCAAAUCGGAAAUAGGGGGGCUCUGUAA